AAAUAUUUAAAUGGAAGAGAAAGACUCCAACGACAGUCAUAAUAACAGCCAAGAAGAAGAAAGCAAGAAUUCUGUUAGCGACGGCCACCAAGAAUCCAAAAAUGAUGAAGCUGAGAAAGACUCUGAUCAUGAACAAAUUGAUGCUAUAAAGGAGGAAGAAGAAGAAAGAACCUCAAUCCUUCAAAAUCUCAAAGACAUUUUUGAGUUAUUCGAUAGUACAAAAUCAGGGAAAAUACCUACAAAAGAUCUUGAAAAUAUACUGACUAGUCUGAACAGGAACCCUGAGGAAGCCAAAGAAUUUCUAGAAGAAUUUAGCCCUGCAGAAGAAGACUACAUUACAUUUGAUGAAUUUGUUAAAUUAAUGGAUAAAGUAGAGAACAGGAUGGAGAAAAAGGAUGAUGACGAAUCCUCCAAACAAAAGGAAAGCAUUUAUGAUAAGAGCCCAGCACAAGAAAGUGAUGAAACGAAGGAUGGAGCAAAAAGAACUGCUUUAUUAGACUUCCUAAUUCUUCUUGAGGAUUAUCGAGCUAAGUGAGAAUCCGAAGGCAAAUAUGCUGAAGCAAGAAAAUGCCGUAUCAAAUAUGAAGAACUUCUCAGAAAAGAAACCAUCAGACAAAAGAACAACAUUCGCAUCUCCCAAGAACAAGAACUCCAGAGCAUCGAAAAUGCCCAGAAAGCACAGUUCCUCGAAUUCUCACAAGCCUGGGACAACUACAUGAGCGACUACGAAGCCACUGCAUACUUGAGUUUAGAAAAGCUUAAAGAGAAACACAUCCUGGAGUUCCAACAAUUUAGCGAGAAAGUCCAGGGAGAACUCCGCAAAUAAAAUGAAGUUCAGCAAAGACCUCAUCGAACUCAGAGACAAAGAAGCCAAACUUGUCAAGCUCAAGAGAUAUGAAGAAGCAGAGAAAGUCAAAAUGAAGGCAGACCUCCUCGAACAGUUCGAACGGAACAAACUUGAAAACGAAAUGCAGGCCAUCACUGAGAAGAAAGAAGCUAAGCUCAAGCACAAGCAACAGCUUGCAUUGGCGGCGCUGCUUAAGAGGAUCCAGAGAGACCGCAAUGAACAGCUGAACCACCGUCAAAUCGACUCGCAACGUCUGAUCCAGAGGAACAAAAACAUUCUGAACGACUUGAUCAACAAACAGCACCAAGAGACGAAGAGGACAUUAGAAAUGCUGAAGAAGACUUUGUCGAACAUUCGGAAAGACAAGAAGAAGGGACCAUUGAGUGCGAAAUCGACUCAGGCCAAUCGGGCUGGGAAAGCCUCUCGAGCAAAUAAAUAGA